AUGGGAGGGGCAAUCGGUCUCGGUAACCUCUUGCGAUUCCCCUCGAUCGUGUUCAACAAUCACGCCCUCCAAUUUUUCCAUUCCCUAAGGUACCUUAUUCCACUCCGCUAUCUGGCCAUACCAAGUUGCCUCCCGAGUUCAGCUUCAGGUGAGCGUACAGAGGAGGCUGCGCCCUUGCAUGGCAUCAUGCCAACAAGCGUGCUAAGGGUGUCGGAUUCGGCGUCGUCUAUAUCGGCUACGCGAUUAUUAUCUUCUAUGUUCCAAUAA